UCAACCUUCCUCCUACUAUAGUUCUACACUACUACUGAGCAGCAAAUACAAAUAAACACACAGAUUUGUGUGUCAGCCCAAAGAGAGAACAGAGACUGGACACCAGUAUGAAAACUGUGUGAUCCUCUGGUCAAACUGUGAACACGGCUGACAGGAAAACAAGGUGAACACGUGACAGAGACUCAGUCGGACGAGGACUAUUGGCUGUAAAACUGCAAUCAGAUAUAUUCCAGUAAAGCUCCACCUCUUCCUGUACGCAGAUAUACACUGAGGACAGCACAUGUGAUGAUCAGAGCAGAGAGACGGGCGGAGAGACGGUCUACCUGGACGUCAUGGAUCACCUGUUGGUGCUGAUGCUGUUGCUGUGGAGCUCAGGACUCCAGGCUGAAGGAGAACACACCUCAACAGAGUCUGAUGAUGUCAGGUUGGUGGGAGGAGACAGUCGCUGUGCAGGAACACUGGAGGUGAAACAGGGAGAGUGGAGACCAGUGGUGGACAUCAGCUGGACCCUGAAGGAAACAGCUGUUUUCUGUAGAAAGCUGGACUGUGGCUCUGCUGUUUCUGUAGGAUGGAGAGAGGAGUCCUCAGAGAGAUCUGUGUGGUGGAUCAGCUAUGACUGUGUUCAGUCUGGAUCUGCUCUGAGGGAGUGUGCAACACCAUAUACCUCUCCCAACAUCCUGGAUCUCACCUGCUCAGACCUGCUGCUUCAGCCCAACAUCUCUGUGCCCUCCUCCAUGGACGGGGUCUCCGAGGCCCAGCAGCAGGGGUUUCACGUGUUGAGGGGCUCCACCUUCACCAUCAGCUGCUCCAUCCAGCCGCAGUACCCAGGAGGCUCCUUCCAGCUCACCUUCAACUCCUCCACCUCAGCAGACAACUACACCCAGCCAGCUGUCAAUCACUCUGCCCACUUCCUGUUUCCUGCUGCAGAGCCCGCCCACCAAGGAAGCUACAGCUGUGUUUAUCACCUCUAUGCUUUUUCUCACAACUUCUCGUCUGAGAGCCGUCUGAUCUCUGUCACUGUCGUAGAUCUAAGGCCUUUCAUCAUCAGAGCCAUCGUCCUGCCGCUGAUUCUGCUGUUGGCGAACAUUGGCCUUUACUUCUACUGUAAGGCCACCAGGGGGCAGAGGCCGGGCAGACGGGAGAAGGCCGAGCCGGAUUAUUAUAACCUGGGUGUUCCUGCAGCUGAAGGAGGGCCGACUGAAGAGGAAGGAGCUCAGGGAGCAGAGUAGCACCUCCACGGAGCUCAUCUCACACCCAGAUGGAUUUAUAACACACAACCCACCAGCAGAUCAUUUUAUACGCAUGUUCCCUUUAAACAAGCUGUACAUAUUAUAUUACAUUAUAUACUAUAUUAUUAUUACUCUCAACAUGAAAACCAACAAUGUGUUAGUCUCUUCAUACGUUCUGACUUCCUGUCAGCUUCCAUCUCAUUGGUUCCUACUGAAGACGUAAUUCUUUAAAAACACUUCCCAAAUAUAUAGUUUCAUUUGAAAACUAGCCUUUAAAGCAGGAAUACCGAAGUCCAAGCAGCCGGCACAACUUGAAACUAAAGACACACCGACCCAGGCCGAUCGGGAACAUCCAUCCAUCCAUUAUCUGUAACCGAACAUUAAUCUACCAUGUUCAACCCAAAAUACAAGUAUGAACCUGGAACAUUUUGUACUUUAAGGGAUAUACUUCAUUUUGUGAUACAGAACUUUGCUUACUUCAUACGAAUUUUGCUUGAUUUUGUGGUUUAAGAAAUUUACUUAAAUUUGUGAACAAGAAUUUUACUAAUUUCAUAAGAAUUUUUCUUAGUUUUGUACAUUAAGGAAUAUACUUAAAUUUGUGAUCAAGAAUUUUGCUUCACUUUGUACAUUAAGGAAUAUACUUACAUUUGUGAUUAAAAAUGUUGCUUAUUUCAUAGGAAUUUUGCUAAAUGUUGUAGUUAAGGAAUAUACUUAAAUUUGUGAACAAUAUUUUUGCUUAUUUCAUAAGAAUUUUUCUUAGUUUUGUACGUUAAGGAAUUUACUUAAAUUUGUGAAAAAUAAUUUUGUUUAUUUUUGUAGUUAAGGAAUAUACUUAAAUUUGUGAUCAAGAAAUUUGCUUAAUUUUGUACAUUAAGAAAUAUACUUAAAUUUGUGACCAAG